AUGUAUAAUGGCAUAUUGAACAAGAGGUGGGAUGGAUCGUUGGAUCUGCUUGCUGACUGGAGUAAGAGUAUGACGCGACUUUUGGUAGUUGUGCCAUGUGCUUCUGAUUCUUUGGCUAGAGACAAACUAGCCUUUGUCAAUGCAUGCCAUCGAAAGGAGAUGAUGAGAAGAAAGAUUAGAAAAAGUUUGCAAGAAAUAGGAGAUUGCAGGCCUUAUGGGUUCUUGCUGGGCUUGCCAUUUGCUUUGGUUGCUCUGCUUUUGUCUCUUAUUGGUGCUGUCGCCUGGAUCAUUGGGACUAUACUGAGUUGCUUGUGCCCAUGUUGUGUAUGUUGUGCUGGUCUGGCCAAUUUGGCAAUAGAUAUUAUAAAGCUUCCCUUCAAAAUACUUAAAUGGUUCGCUGAUAUUCCUUGUUAA